AUGAACUCUAACGGCAAGAUUGCGGUCGGGAUCGACGAGCUGGGCAGCAUAUAUGAGCAGCUGCACCGAGAACUGGAAGAACGGAUCGAGCUGCAUCUACCGGGUGCCGGAGAGGCCGAGAAAUCCAACGAGGUGCGUGUGCUGGUGCAACGGUACCUGGACGACGUGGUGGGCAUGUGUGUGAAGUCCAUGGACGUCACAGACGCGCCGGACGGGGGCGCCGCUGGCGCCCUGGCGGCGGGCGGUGCGCCCAGUCACGUGACAGUGAAGAAACUGCUCGAGAAGAGACAGCGCCAUUACGUCGAACCGUUUGACCUCCAACUGCACGAGGAGGUGCGCGACAAGUACGGCGAGUGGGAGGAUUGGGUCGUCCGCGUGUCGGAGAUGCGGACGCGCGGGCCGUCGCAGAUCAACGCAGGGUACACCGAGAGGAAAGAAGCGUUUCUGCAGCUGAUCGACGAACGAAUAGGGCGAGCUCUGCUCGCCCUCGCCAGCGAAAACGACGACGCCCAUGACACGGGAGCGCCACGCCCCGACGACGUUGCCCGCUGGGAGGGCGCCAAGCACGAGUACAUGCAAGCGCUGGCAAGCCUGUCUCGCUGCAGCGAGACAGGCUUGAAGCAAGAGCUGGACCGUGCCAAGAACCUGGUGACCUACCUUGAGAACAAGUGA